AUGGCGAAUCUGGUAAUUCAGAGGAACUGUAACAGUAUUCGCAGUAAAAAAUCAGAAUUAACCUUUCUUAUCAAUAAAUUCGCUCCAUCUAUUCUAGCCAUUUCGGAGACUUGGUUAUUGCCGGGUUCCCGCUUUAGGGUUUCUGGGUAUCGAUGUCUCCGAGAUGACAGGGAUGAUGGCUAUGCUGGCUGUGCCUUUUUGGUCAGCCGAUCCCUCACCUUCCACUCAUUAUCUCUUCCUCAUUGUGAUGGUAUCAAUGCUGUUGCUAUGAGAGCUUUUAAUAUCUCGUUUAUUUCUGUUUAUAUUCCCCACCCCCAUAUCGACCUCAUUUCUGAUAUACGUUCUAUUAUCCUUUCGGUUCCUCCUCCUGUUGUCAUGUUGGGUGAUUUCAAUGCCCACCAUGUUUCUUGGGGUUGUCAUUCCUCAGAUUCUUUUGGGUCCCUUCUACUAGAUUUACUCGAUGAUAUAAACAUAAGUGUCUUGAAUAAUGGUUGUCCUACGAGAAGGAGUCUUCCAUCUCAGAAUCCCGCUAACGCAGUGGAUUUAUCACUUUGUUCUCCUGAUCUUUUCCCUUUUCUAUCCUGGCGUGUUUUUAAGAGCACUUGUGGGAGUGACCACUUCCCCAUUUUAAUUGAUCUCCCAACCAAUUUAAGGAGCGUUACUCGCCCUUCCCCUCUUUUAAAAUUUAAACUGAAUCAGGCCAAUUGGUCAGACUUUUCAUCUUCUAUUGACUCUAAGAUAGCUGCGCUCCCCGCAGUUUCUGUUGAAAACUGCCUAUCUUCAUACAAUGAUUUUGUCAACUCCCUCACCUCAUCUGCCAGUUUACAUAUUCCACUCAAAUCUUCUACACAAAGGAAAAUUUCUCCUCCUUGGUGGGAUUCCGAAUGUACUGAGAUGAUUCGAAAAAGAAAAACGGCAGAGAGGUCAUACAGUCUUUGCAUGACCUUGGAAAAUUUUUUAGUCUACCAACAAGCUUCUGCAGCUGCUCGCAGACUUCUUAAUAAUAAGAAACGUCUUGGUUGGCAUAAGUUCUGUGAGAGCAUGUGCCCUGGUACCCCUUCGUCUGUUGUUUGGAGGCAGAUCAGAAGAUUCCGUUGUUACCUCAAUUCUUAUGAUGUCCCUUUUAAUGAUCCGUCUAGCUGGAUUACCUCCUUUGCCGACAAAUUGGCUCCUCCAUCAGUCCCUUUUUAUGAUUGUCUUCCUUAUAAGUAUAAUUCUUACAUCCCCUCUUCAAACAGUCUAGAUUGUCAAUUCUCCUUGGAAGAACUUAACAAAGCAUUAAAUGGUAUCUCUGACUCUUCCCCUGGAGAAGAUGGAAUCCCUUACUCAUUCCUCAUAAAUUCUUCAUUAGGCACUAAGAGGUACUUUCUAGAUUUAGUAAACUGUUUUUUCGAUCUUGGAAUUAUUCCUGAAUCGUGGAACAGACAAAUCGUCAUUCCGCUUCUAAAACCUGGCAAAGAUCCAUCAGAUUUCUCUUCAUACAGACCUAUUGCUUUGUCUUCUACCCUUUUAAAAAUUAUGGAACAUUUGAUUAAAAUUCGUUUAGAAUGGUUUUGUUGA